UAAUCUUACCUAUUAAUCUAUUUUUCAAAUUUCGCUUUUUGAAUAUAUCGAUUUUGGUUAAUUGAACGUAUAAUAAGCGAGGGGAAAAUAGCAGAUUUAAGUGUGAAAUUUGAAAAUAUCGAAAUCCGACACAAUAAUAACCAAUCAUAUCUGAUUGCUAACUAACUUCACUAGUUCAAGACAGUUCAAGAGAAGUCACGAGAAAGCUAUUAUUGGUUGUCUCUUCUCACUAUCUUUUUUUAUUCUCCGUCUCCUGCAUUGCGAAUGUAUAUGAGUUAACACACUAAUAAAAGUAAGGAUUAUUGCAGUCAAGAAUCUGACAUGACGUGUGUAACCGCAAAGCGAUGGAUUGUGAAGUUUAGUCUGUCCUAAGAUAAGAUUAUUUCCGCAUUAUUAAUUCAUUGUAUAAUUUUGAAUUGUUCGUUAAAUAACGUUUCAUUAAGUACACGAUUAAAAAAUGUCAGGUUUCGACGAGAAUCCAUUUGGAGAACCUACUAUUCACGAUCCUUUUUCGGAUCCUGCAAUAAAAAGGGCAGUUGCUUCAACACCUGCUAAUAAGGGCCUCGAAGACUAUAAUCCUUUUUCUGAGCAAACAGUAACACAAGGAACUGCACAAGUCAGAGGUGCAUCAAAUCCUCCUAUUUAUGGAGGAAUAGGAGCAACACAGCAACCAGCAACGCUUCAACCUUCAAAUCAAGAAGCUCCACCACCUCCAUAUGCGCGUACUCCACAGCAAACAGUGAAUGCAGCACUUGGAAGCACAUUAUCACCUUCUACAGAUCAAAGAACUGAUGAAGAAUGGAAAACAAGGAGAGAAGAAGAGAUGAGGAAUACUUCAUAUUUUCCAAGGCGAAAUAAUUGGCCACCUUUACCUGAGAGAUACUGUUUUCAACCAUGCUUUUAUCAGGAUAUUGAUGUGGAAAUUCAUGCUGACUUUCAAAAGAUAGUGAGACAGUUGUAUUAUUUGUGGAUGUUUCAUGGCUUAGUAUUGUUUUUGAAUGUGAUUGGUGGAUUUGUCUUGAUGUUUCAUAGUAAAAUCUUUUCCAUAUUUGGUCUUGGUAUCCUGUAUCUUAUUUUGUUUACACCAUUUUCAUUUCUUUGCUGGUUCAGACCAGCAUAUAGAGCUUUUAAGAAUGAUAGCUCCUUCAACUUUAUGGUGUUUUUCUUUGUUUUCUUUUUUCAAUUAGUUGUUACAAGUAUACAAGCUAUUGGUAUACCUGGAUCAGGCACAUGUGGAAUAAUAACAGCUAUUUCUGCAUUUAACUCAACUGCAGCAGGAAUUUUUGUUGGAAUUCUGUUACUUUUCAUUGCUAUUGGUUUUAUCUUUGCAGCAGGUGGUGAUCUCCUUUUAUUGACUAAGAUUCAUCGAAUUUAUCGAACAUCAGAUGCAAGUGUAUCAAAGGCACAACAAGAAUUUGCUACAACUUUCUUGCGUAAUGAACAUGUCCAAAAUGCUGCGAGUAAUGUAGCAGCUACCGCUGUUCGAACACAGAUGGCUAAUGCUGCUCAGCCACGUUAUUAGGAAUAUCUUAAAUUAAAAAUAUCAUUUGGAUCGAAAUAUAUCCUGCCUUCAUAUCAGAAAAUUCAUAAAUCUCCUAUGUUUGUUUGCAUGAUAUUUUGUUAUUAUUUUAUUGAAUUCAUUAAUCUCCAUUGUAUUACAAAAGCAUAUUCUUAUAAAGAAGUGAUAUAAUAUGUGAAAUUAUGUUCAUUUCACAUUUAUUGUAUGUAUUUUAUUAAUAAGGUGAUCCAUACAAUUUAUGCAGAAAAAAUUAAUAAUUAUAAAAGACAAACAAUGAACAUUUCCUAAUCAAAAUACGCUUUUUUUAAUAUCAACAUAUUUAUUCGACUACUUUUAACCGUAAAUUAGAUUACUAAUUAUUACAUGUAUUAGAUUUUAUACAUGGGAAAAUUCAUUUAUAUGCACUGAUGUAGGUUUUACAAGUUGAUUUUUAAAAAAUUUUAAAAUCAAAAUGUUUUAAUGACUAAACGUGUCUACAUGAUAGGUUUUUUAGAUUAUAGUUCUUAGAUUAUUUUUUUUGUUUUUAUGAAUAUUAUAUGUUGUUUUUUAUUUCUUUAUCUAUUAAAUUUCACACAUCUGAUUUGCAUCCUACAAUAUGAGAUAAUGAAAUGUAGACUUGUUUUUCAUUGAAGCUACACAUUUUCAUAUAACAUAGACUUUAGUGCUUGUAAUUAAAAAGAAAAAUAUUUGUAAUUUACUUGGAAUUUUACAACAUUCUCAUAAAAGUUUAUUACAUUGAUCUUCAGUAGGAAUGACAUAGGUUGCUGUCAAUGAUAAAAAUUAGUGUAAAAAAUAGAAGAAACCUUAUAAGUUUUGAAAUUUAUUCACGAUUAUUAAACUAAAUAAAUAAGUAAUCUAAUUAAGGUAAAAAUCCAUCUUUUUAACAAAUCUAAAUGAUACAAAAUAACAGUUACUAUAUUUUCUUAUUUAAAUCAAUCAUUUUAAAAAAUUGUUAUACUUGUUUAAUUUAUAAUUAAUUAUUAAUUGAUACUAAGAUUUAUUGUUUA